CACUUCACUCUCUUCCUCCACCUUCUCCGAGGGUUUUGAGCUGAGUAGAAGAACAAGCCAGGGAGAGAGAGACACCGUUAUUCCAUCACAAGCUCGGGAGUUGGUUGUGCUUCUCCGAUAAACCCUGGCGAUGACUGUCCUCCAAGCUUCUCUCCUUUGCAAAGCCUCAGUGGUUCUCAUUUCCUCUCCUUCUUCAUCCUACUGUCUUUAUCCUUAUUCCAGCUCUCCUUUGAAGCAUCGUUAUCACUUCCUUCCCCCCGCCGGAGCCGCUCCGCUUCUCUCUCGUUCAGUUCUAAUCCGUCAACUUCACGAAGUCCCCGAUUCCGCUCCGGCGCAAGGAUUUCCCCUUUUCGCUGCACAUUGCACUCCGAUAACUUGAAUUUGGACUCCGAAUCCGCAACCCAUCCAACCGGGCAGUUCACAUGGGUUCAAUGGGUUUGCCUAACACCGAUUUAUUUAUGCAUUUUUAAUUUUUAAGCCAAUCUAACCUCUAAAUCCGGUCCGAUUCUAAUAACAUUACAUAAGAAUUGAAUUUCUAGCUUUUUAAUUCACAGACAAAUACAUGCGUUACCGCGCUACACUGCCUUUCUUUUGUAAUAAAGGGGUUUUCAAUUUCGUCCUCCUGAAUUGAUUGCUUUGUUUUAGGGAAGCCAAGAGAGACCGGUUCUCCCAUAUUUAUUACUGUGAGCUUCUGCAAGGUUUUUCAUGAAGCAGAAGAAAUUAGAAUCUCAUCCCCACAAAUGAAUGAAAUCUUCUCUUCAAGAUAAAAAAGAAAAAAGAAAAAAGAAAAAAGGUGGUAGCUUUUGUCCACACAUGAGUGGCUCCAUUCCCAUUGGGAAGAUGAAAGGAACAAAGAAUCUCUUAACCUUCCAAGCAAAAUCAAGACUUGGCUCCCUCUUCGAGCAUAAGCUAUUCCCUUCUCGCCCUCUCAUCCUAAUCACCUAUUCUGCAAGAAUGAUUAGCAAACAAGGCAGGAAUGUAACCCAUUGACAGAAAGAGACGAGAGGCAGAGCUUCCGCAAUUUUCAUAUGGAGAGAGAGAGGGAGAGAGAAAUGGGUUGGUUUUGAUUCUCCCUCCUCCUCCUCCUCCUCCUCUGCUAUGGCCCCUCUGUUAAUUAAAGAAACCCUAACCCACACAAGAACCCCACCAAGACAGGAAAACAAAACAGGAAAACUUUCUAUCUGGGUGAUUACAGAUUGAUUAUAAUAAUUAACCCUUCAAAUGUUGGUGUUUAUUAUAUAAGCAGAGGGACAUUUUCUCGAGAUUUUUCAAUGCUUUAUCCUAAGAAGUUUGUUCUCUGCAACCCUAGAAGAGCUUUUUCAGAAGCAAACAAGACAGCACAGGCAGGCAACACAAAUACCUUCCUUCCCUUCACUUUCUCUCUUCCCCUUCCCUCCCCCCUCCUGUGCCAUUAUUAUUGCCCUCCUCCAACUCCAAGGAUGUUCCCGGCCGCCACGAGCUUCAGCAUUCUCCUCUCCUCACCAUGCCUCUUCUUCCUCCUCCUCGCCUCUCUCUGUGUCUUCCCCUCCAUUGCUGCUGCUGCUUCUUCUUCUUCUUCUUCUUCACCUCUGAACCUCACCCUCUCUCACCAGCACCCUGACCCUGAGGCUGUGGCUCAAGAUGUUCAAUGAAAGAUCAAAAGCCCCCAUCUGCAUUCUAGAUUUUCGGCCAGUUUCUGGGGUUUCAGGCAAAAUGCCUCCUGGGUUUUGCUCACUAGAAGGAAACUCUUCUGGGAGAGUGAACUCUUCCCUCUCGAGAAGACAGCUCCUCUCCUCCAAUAAGCAUGACCAGUCCUCGUCCUGCCUCACCGGGAACCCAAUCGAUGACUGCUGGCGGUGCGACUCGAACUGGCAAAACAACCGCCAGCAGCUCGCCGAGUGCGGGAUCGGGUUUGGUGCGGGGACUGCUGGUGGGAAGGGUGGGCGCUACUAUGUGGUCACUGACUCCUCCGACUACGACCCCACAAACCCGAAGCCCGGGACCCUACGGUAUGGUGUGAUCCAGACGGAGCCACUGUGGAUCACCUUUGCUUCGAACAUGAUGAUAAAGCUCAAGCAUGAGCUCAUCGUGAACAGCUUCAAGACCAUUGAUGGGCGCGGGGCCAAUGUCGACGUCACCGGGAAUGGCUGCAUUACUCUGCAGUACGUCUCCAAUGUGAUUAUCCACAACAUUCACAUCCACCAUUGCAAGCCAUCCGGUAACACAAUGAUACGGUCGAGCCCGACCCACGUUGGGUACCGUGGGAAGUCGGACGGGGAUGGGAUCUCGAUAUUUGGGUCAUCCAAGAUCUGGAUCGACCACUGCUCGCUGUCCUACUGCACGGACGGUCUCGUCGAUGCCAUCAUGGGGUCUACUGGGAUCACUAUCUCCAACAGCUACUUCGCCCACCACGACGAGGUCAUGCUGCUCGGACAUGAUGACAAGUACCUGCCGGACUCCGGAAUGCAGGUUACAAUUGCAUUCAACCGAUUCGGGGAGGCGCUAGUGCAGAGGAUGCCGAGGUGCAGGCGGGGGUACAUUCACGUGGUGAACAAUGACUUCACGUACUGGGAGAUGUACGCUAUCGGGGGCAGUGCCAACCCAACCAUCAACAGCCAGGGUAACCGCUACAUCGCCCCUGCCGACCCCAACGCCAAGGAGGUGACGAAGCGCGUGGACACGGAGGAGGGUCAGUGGGCUGACUGGAACUGGAGGACGGACGGGGACGUGAUGGUGAACGGCGCGUUCUUCGUGCCGUCCGGUGCGGGGCUCAGCGCGCAGUACUCCAAGGCCUCCAGCGUCGAGCCCAAGUCCGCCUCGCUCGUGUCUCAGCUCACACUCAACGCUGGCGUCUUUGGCGACCCCAGGGAAAGCACAGGAGGCAUCGCGUACCCAGGGUUCUCCGGAAGUGGGACCACCACAGCCACCACCAGCACCGGUGGCAGCAGCGGCUCCGACAGCGACAGCAACGACUACUUCGGGAUGAUUUUUGGGAGCGGAGCUGCGGCGUCAUAUUCAACUACCUCAGUCUUUUUGUCCUUUCUAAUUAUUUUGGUUUUGUACACUUGCACCGCCAACCACGAUGCUCUAUUAUCAUUACAAUUAUUAGCGAUGUAGAAACUUUGAGGAUGGGAAAGAGGCCGGGGAAAAGGGCAAAAAAAGGAAUUUGAAAAAAAAAAUUUGGAAAAAAGAAAAUUCCUUGAUUGAUUGCUA